AUGCGCUACCCGCGGAUUACACCAGCGUGGCUCAAGCACGAGAAGCAGGUGCUGCGCUUCUACGGUUUCUUCCAGGAGUCGAUUCCAGAACGGUGGGACGAGAACAGCCGUUACCGACAUGUAUAUAUCAUGUAUUUCAUGGAAGAUGGCACGAUCGGCAUCAACGAGCCAAAGGUAGAGAACUCAGGCAUUGCGCAAGGUACUUUCCUGAAGAGAAGUCGCGUCCUCAACGAAGACGGCAUCCCUGUUGGCCCGGAUGACAUGCGAGUGGGACAAGACCUAACGCUGCAUGGCCGUACCUAUCACAUCAGUGGCUGCGAUCGCUUUACCCGCUGGUUUUUCGAGGAGAACGGCAUCCAACUUGGGGAGGACGAAGAUGUUCCCACCGACCUGUGGCAGAAGGGCUACCGCCUCGCGAAGGCCUUCGACCGAGGCGGUGUUCCUCUGACCAGAGCCGCCGUAGAAGACAAGGCAAUACAACGUGCCAUGGGGGGAAUCCCGCCAAUCGACAAGAAGCUGUCGCAGUUCUUGCUGAAUGACCGGAAAGUAUUGCGCUUCAAGGGCUAUUGGGACGAUCACACGCCCUAUGGAUCCCGAGUCUACUUCAUCAUCCACUACUAUCUCGCUGACAACACCGUCGAAAUCAACGAGGCUCAUUGCCGCAACUCCGGCCGAGCAAAGUGGCCAGUCUUCAUGAAACGUGCACCUCUUCGCAAGAGCAACUUCGUCAAUGCUGCGCCAGGGAUGCUCUCCUGUGAGGCACCGCGUUACCUCCCCGAGGAUCUGAAGGUCGGCGAGUCGAUACACGCUUGGGGCCGCAAGGUGGUCCUAUGGGACUGUGAUGACUUCACGAGGAGCUUCUACAAAGAGUAUCUGGGUAUCGACCAAGCUCAGGGACGGAUCGAUGUAGCGGAGAAGCCGCUGACGCACGCGAAGCUCAUGCCGCCGCCGCACACGGGUGUGGGCAAGGAGGAAGACUCCCUGCUGAACUGCAGCAUGAUCCAGCCCACGCCGCCCAAGAUUGACCUGGAGCGUAUGAUGAAACUCACCGGCGAAGUGCUGCGCUUCGAGUGCAAGAUGAUCAACGGCGAGCCCGAGGAUGAGCUCAGACGCUUGGUGAUCGCCUACUACCCGGCGGAUGGAGAUGUGGCCGUCUUCGAGGUCCCCGUCCGCAACAGCGGGCACAUGGGUGGAAAGUUCGCGGACAAGAGGCGUAUCAAGAACCCGGAUACAGGUUUGCCCUUCCAACUCUGCGACUUCUACGUGGGCAAGGUCGUCACCAUCGCGGCCCAGCCGCUGCAGAUCACACGAGCUGACGAGCGGUGCCUGCAAUUCUUGGAGGCACGGCCGAAGCAGUUCCCCUACGCAGAUCCGAAGGCCUGUGCAAAGAAGCUGCUUCCGCUGGAUGAGAAUCCCGAGCUGAGCAGCGACGGCGGAGUUCACCCAGAUCGGCUGAAAGAGCUGGCGCAGGAGGCAGGAAUCUCCAUCGUCGACCAUGAGAUUGUCACUCUCCUGCGCCGCUUCGGCGUUCCCGGAGAGAAGGAAUCCGAUCAGCCCAAGAUCAUUGGCCAGGACGCUUUGUUCUUCGCGAAGAACACAGCGUGA